GCAGAGUUGCUGCUUGACAUUCACGAGCGAACUUUACGAAUUUUGCGAGCAAACGUAUCGGACGAGGUGGAUAUGGGCCUGGCUAUUCCCCCUGGGACCCCCACCAACCCAUGCGAGGUUCCGGGCUCCGACUACUGCGUGGAGUACGUGGGCGAGGCGCAGCUCUCCAUCACGACGGACGGUCACUGUCAGGAGGUCUCGUGGGUCGCGUCAGGCGCCACCGAGCUCAAGGACUGCGUCAUUCUAAAGGGCCAUUGGUACGGGGGAGGUGAGCAGUUCACCCAACCCUGGCCCAUCGAGCAGAAGCCCCGGCCUGAGACAGCUUACGUGACGGCCGACAUGUUGCAGCGCUCCAACCAGUGGUACGGCGGUGUCACUGAGGCUUACUGGAUAUCUUCGCAGGGACUCGCUGUAUAUGUGCCAGAUGAGGUACCACUGUUCCUGAGCCUCGUGGACGCGGACGCUGACGGUGUUGCUGACGAGAUGUGCUUCUCCGCCAGACAUGAAGUGCCGUUUGCUGACCGCGACAGCGCCCUGAUACUGCGCUACUCCGUUUGCUCUGCAGAUGACGUCAGACAGGUACACGAAGCAACACUACCGAAGUUCUAUUCAUUUCCCUCUGGAAUUCCUGAUGAAAAGAUGAUGAGGGAUACGGUGUGGACCACCUGGGCCGAGUACAAAACUGAAAUUAAUGACUCGCGCGUUCUCGCCUUGGCGUACAAUGUUAUUGAGAAAGGAUACCCAUACAGCCAGAUCGAGAUCGAUGACAACUGGGAGACUUGCUACGGAAACGCAGAGUUCAACACCGACAGAUUCUCCGACGCUAAGGCCAUGGUUGACGAGCUACACGCACUUGGAUUCCGAGUGACGCUCUGGAUCCAUCCCUUUAUUAACGACGACUGCGAGGCCUUUGCUUACGCCGAUGCGCGAGGCUACUUCGUCAAGGCAGCUGAUGGAGUCACUCAACUGACGAGCUGGUGGCAAGGGAACUCGGCUGGCAUUGUGGACUUCACUAAUACGGAGGCCGUGUCGUGGUGGACUGGUCGCCUGCGAGACAUCCAGGCCACGACGGGCAUGGAUGGCUUCAAGUUCGACGCUGGUGAGACCAGCUGGCUUCCUGACGUCUUCACUCUCAACGCUCCUGUCGAGAAAUGGCCUAACGUCUACACCACCAGUUAUGUGGACGUUGUGUCGUCGUUUGGGGGCUUAACGGAGGUGCGGUCAGGCCGUCACAACCAGGCCGCCCCAAUCUUCUUCAGAAUGCUGGACAAGAACUCCAACUUCCAGAACCUCAACGGACUCAAGACGCUCAUACCUACUCUCCUGCAUUUCGGGAUCCUGGGUUACCCUUAUGUGCUUCCCGACAUGAUCGGAGGGAACGCUUACGGCGGCCAGCCCAGUGACGAGCUCUUCGUUCGCUGGACGCAAGCGAACUCCCUCAUGCCGGUUCUCCAGUUCUCGCUCUUGCCCUGGAGAUUUGGGAGCAUUGCCGAAGAGGUGGCCUUGAACGUAUCUCGCCUACACGUCGAGUUGACACCGCAACUUCUACGCGCAGCACAAGAAGCGACCGUUUCUGGCGCUCCCAUCAACAGGCCGACGUGGUGGCUCUGCCCUCUGGACGAGGCUUGCCUUAUCGCCGAUCAACAGUACCUCCUGGGCGACGAUAUCGUGGUUGCGCCGAUCACCGAGGAAGGGGCGACAGAGAAGGAGGUGGUGCUGCCACCUGGUGACUGGGUGGCCAACGUCGACGGUGCGACCUACACUGGGCCCGCCACUGUCCUCUUCACUGGAGUAACUCUCGACAAGUUUGUCUACCUCACCAGGGCGUGAGAGUAACGUAGGCUUCGAGACGCUCAGAUCAAGAUCAACCAUACGCAGUGGCAUGAAAUUUUUGACACUAGAAGAUUUUUCAAAUAUGGUUUCAAAAUAAAUAAACCUCGUCUUUA